AUGGACUUCUCCAACAACGCUUUUCGUGUUCCGCCCUCUACUUCCAAGGUAUCUGAUGACGCCAUGUCUCACGCCAAUUUGGUAAUGGCGUGUCGUUGGGGUUGGACGAGUACGCCCGGUUCAGACAACGCAAAUACGCAAACACCUCUAUACACAUCAUCUACUCCUCGAACAGCCUCGAGUACCUUCAACAAUGUGCGGACAAAACGUUUCGCGCCCUGUCAAGGCCGUCUUUAUCAUCAACUCCUUUGCUCACACCGCAUCCGAACAGACCUGGUUGAAGACUGUGGUACAAAUUGCGUCGAACCUCUCGGAGACGCGGCCGGUCUACCGUAUUUCUGCAACGAAUGCAUACAAGGCGAAGCGGCCAAGAUCUGGACAUUGCGGCAAGCCGAACACAACGCGACAUACCCUCCCAUGGAACAGAUGACCAAGGAACAAUCCGACCAGUGGUACAACGAGCACCAAACGCUGGAAACCGAAUAUGCUCGCGACCACAAGGAGUACGAAAAAGAUCUCAGGACGAGGACGCGACCUAGCAAUGUUUGCUCUGCCCUCGAAGCUAGUCAAGAGGAGAAGGAGUUCGCCGCUGAACUAGACUCGCUCUCGUUUUCGCUCAUGGCUUCGAAUGAGGCCUCUGGGGUUCAGCUUCAGUCGCAAGUUCGCAAUCGCGUUAGCUUGCCGACUGAUGCGUCAGAGCAACUUCACUGGAACCUCAACUCUCUUGCCUUAGACCGCGGUUCUUGUGGCGUUGAGUAUUCAGCCUCUCACCUGGAAAACGGCUCGUCUACGAUGCGGUGUAUGAAUGAGGACGAACUCUGGCGAAAGUCACGGGAGUAG